CGGUUGUAUUGCGGUUGCGCUCGGAUCGCGUAAAAAUCUUUUGGUUUCGAAUCCGCGCUGAUCGCGCUGUUCUUCUCUUCUUGUUCCGUCCGUCCGUACGUGCAUCGUGGGUCGUUUCGCUGCUGGCUGUCGUUCAACCGGACGAACGAGCGGAUAAAUAACAAUAAGCUCACGUUUGUUGGUAUUUUCAAUACUUUUCGUCACGACACUCGACUCGACCGCCCGUCAUGCCGUCAUUUAGAUUCAAAUAGGUCCGAUAAUUAAAGUGUGUUGCUCGGUGGGCUGCCUUUUUUUCGGGAAAAGUCCGAACUCCACGCAGUGAUCAUUUUCAGCGCAGAAAGCUGCUGCCGUGCAAAACAAAUAGAAAAUCGAAAGUGUCGUGUUUGGUUGGAAAUGGGAGCGAAUGAGAGCGAUUUAGUUACGUGACGUGUACGGGGUAAACAAUCAAAACAAAAAUUGCGUACCAUGAAAUGGGCAAUGAAGAAGAGUGUGACAGUAAGUUGUGGACCACGAGAUCGAGACUACGUUAUCUUUUGGGGUGUCAAUUAUAUCUGCGUUACCGUUGUGUGAAGUUCGCUGGCUCUAAAAACAUCUGAACUUCGAACCCGUUCUCGUCAUCGCUACGGUGUAUUGGUACAAGGCGAGAGAGGCGAGGUGCUAGUGUGUUGGUGCAACAGAUCCACGAACAUCUCGCAAAGUUCGCGAGACGAAAACAGAUGUUGCAGUGGUGGAUGUGAACGACUGAUUAGAAAGGUGUUUUGUUUGCACACAAAGUUCAAAAGUUGAAUUUUUGUGUUUUCGCAAAGUAGCCACUACGUGAUCGGCAUAAACCUGCCAGACACAGGCAAAAGUCGCACGAGAGCGUGGAGACGCAAGGUGUUUUAUGAACCGCGUAAGGCAAAAAAAAGUUCGCUGACUUGGCGUUCGGUGUGUGUGUAUGUGCGUACGUGUACCUGAAUACACGGUUGUUUGGACAAGUUUUUCAAACAUAUCGCAUAUCUCAGUGCAAUUUUAUGGCUGUGCACGGAUUGUGAUAGCAUCUUGCUUGCGUAGUACGUACGUGUGCCCUUGCAGUGUUGUUUUUUUUCGGUAGGAUGCAGUUCAGUGGGGGUCGCGGGUGGUAGAAAAAACAACAAAGACGUGCGAAAGUGAAAUGAUUUCAGGCGGCGGAAAAAGGGCAUCAGAAAAGUGAAAAAAGCGAUACUAAUUUAAUGAGUGCGUUUAAUUAAUCGUUACCCGGUGGGUUUGCUCAUGCAACGAAGGUAUUUUGUAAUGAUCGGUUGUUUGCGUGCCAGCGGCUAAGCCGCCCAUCUUUUCCCGAGUCGUGGUUUAAUUGAUUUUGGUGAAAAGUGCGAUACCGCAGGUGGUUUUUUUGUGUGUUCGAUUUGAAGGCUAUUUUCUCGAGCGCCAGCCGGGGAUAAUUCAGUCCGACGCUCGAAGGGAAAUCGUUCGGGAGUUAAGUUUUUCAAAUUGAAUAUUCAACAGAAAAGAAGGAAAUAAAAGUUGGUGGUGAAAAUUCGGAAGCCGGUUUCGAACGUCGAAUAGGAAGUGAGCAGUAUGGAUUGCCAGCAAGUCUACGGGUUGGAAUUCGGCUAUCGCUGACGGAACGCGCGCUCUGUUGGCUACCAUCAUGAGUAACGGAACGGCGAAUGCGGGAAGCGGAGGAGGAGGAGGAGGAGUUGGCGGUGGAACCGCAACAGACGCCGAAAGUUUGCCCACCUGGCGACUGUGGGGCGAGGAGCGCGAAGAGGAUGCCAUCUAUACCGUCUACCUGAAGAAGGUCCGCUACCACCGGCCGACGCCAAGUGCCAGCAGCCAAGAUUCCGACGAUGAAAUAUCCCACCUAGAGUGGGAAACGGUGCGGGUCCGGUUCGUGAAGGCGGCCACCUUGUCGCGGCUGGUCGACGCCCUGACGACGGACGACGGAGAACUGGAGAGUACCUUCGUGAAUGUGUUCCUUACCACCUACCGGACCUUCUCCCAGCCGGAGAAGGUGCUGGAGCUGCUGCUCAAUCGCUACGAGAAGCUGCACUCGGAACCGGCGACUCUGCUGCCCUCGGAAUCGCUUAUCGAUCAGCACAAGAAAACUCUAGUCUCCGUUCUGCACGUUUGGCUGGAUGGAUUCCCCGAGGACUGGGACACGGAAAAUUUGCAAAGGCUUCUGGCGUUCACUUCGAAACGACUGCCAAAUUCUGAAAUUCACGUAAAAGCUUUACAUAGGUAUACUAAUAGGUUAGAUAAGUACAGUAGGAUACCACCGCCGUUGCCAUGGUCCAGCGAUUACCACGAUAUCACCGAUCAGUUCGGCGGGCUGUGUCUUACCCCUGCCUUUCGGGGGCCACCGUCGCACCUGCUGAACUCGUACCGAUUUCCCAAUAUUCCGGUGAAACACUUUGCCGAGCAGUUGACUCGGAUGGACAUGGAACUGUUUAAGCGGUUGAUACCGCACCAGUGUCUGGGUGCGAUCUGGUCAAACAGAGAUAAGCACGAGUGCGGCUCGGUGCUGGCUACCGUAACCCAGUUCAACGCGGUCUCCUUUCGGGUGAUAUCCAGUGUGCUGAUCGAGCCGCGGCUCAAGCCGCAGGAACGUGCUCUACUAAUAUCAACUUGGAUAGACAUCGCCCAAGAGUUGCGAUUGUUGAAAAACUUUUCCUCCUUGAAGGCGAUCAUAUCGGGACUACAAUCGAAUGCCGUCUAUCGUCUAUCAAAAACCUGGGCCGUGAUGCAGCGUGAAAAGCUUGAGCUGUACACCGAGCUGGCCCGUAUAUUUUCUGAAGAUAACAACGCCUGGGCCCAGCGUGAGGUGCUGAUGCGCGAGGGUACAGCCAAGUUCGCCGAUACGGUGGGUGAAAACGAUCGGCAUCUGCAAAAGGUGUUCCAAAAGCAGAACACCCUGAUCAGUCACGGGACGAUUCCCUACUUGGGAACGUUCCUAACCGAUUUGACGAUGAUUCACGCUGCCAUUCCGGACACCCUACAGGAUGGGUUGAUCAAUUUCGACAAGCGACGGAAGGAGUUCGAGGUGCUAGCGCAGAUUAAACUGCUACAGGGGGCGGCCAAUACGUACCACCUGCCAGAGGAUCCACUGUUCGAUCGAUGGUUCGCCUCGCUGUUGGUGCUGGACGAGCGGGAAGCGCACGCGCUUAGCUGCCAACUCGAGCCAAUGCCGGAGAUGACGAAACGGCCCAGCCAUCAGGGACACAAGAAGAGCGAUUCGAUCGCGUCUAACAGCAGUAGCGGAGCCGGUUCUCAGUUCUACUGUGAUAUCAACAGUGCGUCCAAUCAGAGCUUCAGCUCCCGCAACAACUCGCUGGACCGGGACGUGACUCCGCCGAAUGCGUCCAUCCUGUCCGCGGCCAGCAGCGUCUCGUCGCUCUCGAUGGAAUCGACCACUUCGAGCAGUCAGAAGUCAAACCAACUGAACGGGAGCGUCAUGCGAACGCCCCAAUCCAACCGGGCCCCUAACAGUGCCGCCAGUUCGGCUUCCAAGAGCCACAACGGGGGCCUGGAGGCGCCGAUCAUCAACGGGCAGCUGAAGGACGACUCGCCGCUGAAGAAAAACUCGCCCGAUUUCUACAUCAUCAAAGUUACCUACGAAACGGAACACGUCGAGCUGGACGGAAUCGUGCUGUACAAAAGUAUUAUGUUGGGGAAUAACGAGCGCACGCCGCAGGUCAUUCGGAACGCGAUGCUCAAGCUGGGGCUGGAGGGCGAUCCGGACAAGUACACGCUGGCGCAGGUCCUACCGGACAAGGAAUUGCUUCUGCCGAAUAACGCUAACGUAUAUUAUGCCGUUAACACGGCGUACAAUCUGAACUUUAUUCUGAGGCCAAAAAAGGACGCCGAUAAUGGGCGAUAAGUUGUUUGUUGACGUCGUAGCGCGGAAGACUUGAUGAUGUACAUAUAUUUAUCUGAGCGCCGGAGUUUUCCCUAACUUGAAUUGUGAACCUAAGCAGUCUUGGACGACGGAAAAGAAGUGAAACUCACACUGAUAUUACUGUAGCGUUAUAUUUAGCGAUUAGUGUAACCAAACUGUAAACUUAAACGUCUCUAGUGUCUCGAAACCGAUUCCGAUCGAGCCGAUAAUUAUACACAGCAAAGCAAAUAUUUUAGCCGCGUUUAACGUACGUAAGUUUUAGAGAAUCAUAUUUCUGUAACUGAUAAUAACAAAAUGGACUGUAUAGCAGGCUGGCUGGGAAAAAAGGCAACUGUGCUAGGUUAGAUUUUUUAGUGCACCACAGACAAAACACACUCGUAACACAUGGUACUGACAGAAACAAAAAUGUAGAGCUUUUCACUUAUCAGGAAUAAUCUCCGCUGGAAUUGAAGGGAAAGUUAGACGGUCGUAUAACGAAAAACCUAGUUUAUAUAGCGAGGGUAAGCUGUUAAUGACAAAGUCUGUCGGUAAUAUAGUAGCUGGUUUAUUGACUAAUUGAGGAUAACGCAAACUAUACUAGCGAUAAUAAUAUUAAAAAAAAAAACAA